AAUGCUGAACUCUUCAUCAUAAAAGAAUCUGCAACAAAUACCAGGUUUCUUGAAUACAAUAUUUUCUACUCAUUGGUUUUUUUAAAAUUAUUGGUAUAAAUUCUCCCUUUUUUUAGUUCUGUAUUUCGCUAAACUAUUAAGGUAGUCGGUGUUGACAAGAUUCUUCUUCUUCUUCUCUUUUUGGAUUUAGACAUUGAAGGACCAUGGACCAAAACAAUCAUAGUUCUCUACAUGAUUUUAUUCUGCUUGGGUUCUCUGAUAAUCCCAAACUGGAGAUGGUCCUGUCAGGAGUUGUCACCAUCUUCUACUUAAUUACAUUGGUAGGUAACACAGCCAUCAUCUUUGCAUCUCUCCUGGAUUCCCAUCUGCACACACCAAUGUAUUUUUUCCUCAGGAAUUUAUCUUUCCUAGAUCUGUGUUUUACCACCAGCAUCAUACCUCAGAUGCUGGUUAACUUGUGGGGCCCUGAUAAGACCAUCAGCUAUGUGGGUUGUGUCAUUCACCUCUAUGUUAAUAUGUGUUUGGGCUCCACUGAGUGCCUUCUCCUGGCCGUCAUGUCCUAUGAUCGUUUUACAGCUAUUUGUAAACCCUUGCAUUAUUUGGUAAUUAUGAACCCACAUCUUUGUCUUGAGAUGAUCAUCAUGGUUUGGGGUAUUAGUUUGGCCUCUUCUGUAGUUUUAUGUACACUCACACUGAAUUUGCCUAGGUGUGGAAAUAACCUUCUGGAUCAUUUCUUGUGUGAGUUGCCAGCUAUGGUCAAAAUAGCUUGUAUAGACACCACAACUGUUGAAAUGUCAGUUUUUGCUUUAGGAAUUGUCGUUGUCCUUACACCCCUCCUCCUUAUUCUUAUAUCCUAUGGUUACAUUGUCCAAGCUGUGCUGAGAAUGAAGUCAAAAGCAGGCCAAAGAAAAGCAAUUAAUACCUGUGGAUCUCAUCUCACUGUGGUGUCCAUCCUCUAUGGAACUGUCAUCUACAUGUACCUACAGCCAGGUAACAGUGCCUCCAAAAACCAGGGCAAGUUCCUCACCCUCUUUUACACCAUCAUCAUUCCAAGUCUGAACCCCCUCAUCUACACCUUGAGGAAUAAGGACAUGAAGGAUGCACUAAAGAAGUUGAUGAGUAUUGCAUAUGAAUAUACAAAAAUGAAGAGGAAAUGGAAAUCAUAGAGAAAUAUUAGAGUAAAUAUGGCAGUGGAAUACAUUUUCUAAGUAUCUUUAGUUUCUGUUGAGGCAAGUAAUCCAUACUUCAUAAAAAUAAGUAUCUUUAGUUUUUG